ACUUGCAGAUGAAGACAGCUUGUGUACUAGUGCUGCUUCUGCCAGCGAUACUGGUUCAAGGAUGUGUACCUGAAGGAAAUAAGUGGGAUAUAUUCCUGACCGAAGACACGUUCUCGGCAGAUGACUCUUGCAAAGCCGAGGAAAGGUGCCGUGAAUGUGGCAUGCAGGUCUGCACACUUCCCCAGAUGAAGUUAGCCUUUGAGUUCGAGUACCGAAACCUAGCGUUCGGUCUCUACCGGGGCUCGGAGUCCGACAACCGAAAGGCGCGCGUGUCGUCCUGCGAUUACGACUUCCCAAGUCAGGAGUGCUUCUACGAGGGACGAGAGAUCUUAACCGUACCCUUGUCGGACGGCGAAGAGGUGGCUGCCUAUUGCUGUCCUAGCACCGGCCCGUCCCUCACCGUGUCCAAGUUUCACAGUCACGCGGAGGCUAAAGAGUCUUGUCCGGGCACCGGUGCCCGACUUUGCCCCUUGGUUUUGCUUGCCUACGCCAACAACCUGGGAUACGCCACCGCUGAGUGGGGCUGGUACGCAUCCCCGAAUCUCUUUGCUAAUGUCGAGGAGGAUGAGCUGGUUGUCUGCUAUGAUCCUCAAGCAGGGCAGACAGCGAGGGCCGGCUACUGCUGCCCAAUGGUUAACUCCUUCGUUUUGUCUGAAGACGAGUACGCCACUCACGGUGAGGCCCAGGCUUUCUGCGCUUCCAUGAGGCUCCACCUGUGCUCACUCGCCGAGCUCAAGUCGGCCCGCGAUCAUGGCUUCUGGGGCCCUUCCUGGGGACGCUAUGAAGUCGAGGGUCGCGACGUCAAGGUGUCCGACUGCAAGUACUGGUCUGGUCCCGAGUGUUACGAGGGCGUGAUUGCCAACACACCCCGCCCUCGUCACACAUUGCCAGCGUAUUGUUGCCCGUAACGUUCUCCUGGCGUCCUCUAGCGACAGGAAUACAUUCAAGGUCUUCCUCAUUUACACAUUGAGUUGAAUACCAGAGUGCAUGCACAAUUAGCUUUUAAGAUUUAACAUGUUUCACAG